AUGGAAAACAUUUUCUUUGAUGAUUUUCCAUUAUUCCAAAUAUGGAAUCCUAUUACAGUUGAAAAUCAAGAGCAUAGAUUAGCUGUUUCCAUAGGUAACCAGGGACUUAUAUAUACUGUUGAGGGUCAAGAAUAUUUAUUAACUGUUCUCAAAGAAAAUUGGAAGAGGGAUAAGCAACUUUGUACAAUAACAAUGCUGUGUUAUACUGUACACAUGUUAUACUUACUGAAUGUGAUGGCCAAGAAAGUUGAGAAACCCAUAAGAGAUCACAUUAUUGGGCGAGAACAGAUUCGAACCACUCUGUUACAACAGUUACGCGAAACUAAUAGGUGUCGUGAUAUUUUACGAAUGGGCCCACAUGCCUUUCUAGAGUUAUGCACAAAAUUAAGGGCAACCGGUCAUGUCAAAGAUACUAUACAUGUCACAGUUGAGGAGCAAGUAGCUAGAUUCUUAUACAUUAUAGCUCAUAAUGUUAAAAAUAGAACCAUUUCAUUUUUCUUCCACCGGUCUGGAGAGACAAUCAGUCGUAAUUUUCAUGCUGUUCUAAGAGCUGUAAUAUCACUUGAAGAAGAGUUUCUUCAGCAACCUUCCGGAACAACCAUUCCUUCAGAGAUUCUUCAUAGCAAUAGAUUUUAUCCAUAUUUUAAGGACUGUAUUGGAGCCAUUGAUGGUACACAUGUCAGAGUCAAGGUUCCAAUAGCUGAUCAACCUAGAUUUCGUGGUAGAAAAGAAUGGCCAACUCAGAAUGUACUUGCUGCGUGUGGCUUUGAUAUGAAAUUUACAUAUGCUUUAGCAGGAUGGGAAGGCACCGCAUCUGACUCUAAAGUUCUUAAAAGUGCACUAUCAAGGGAUGAUAGGCUCAAAAUUCCAAGAGGAAAGUUUUAUCUUGGGGAUGCUGGAUUCAUGCUUAAACAUGCUCUAAUAACUCCAUAUCGAGGCGUAAGAUACCAUUUAAAGGAGUUUGUUGGACGUGAACCUGAAAAUGCAUAUGAAUUAUUUAACCUCCGUCAUUCUUCGUUACGAAAUGUGAUCGAACGAUCAUUUGGAGUUUUGAAAAAAAGAUUUGCAAUUAUAGCAGGUGGUACAGAACCAUAUUAUGACAUAGAGGUUAUGGUUGACAUUGUCCUAGCAUGCAUUAUACUCCACAACUUUUUGAUGGGUGUGGAUCCUGACCAACACUUAAUUUCUCAAGUUGAUCGAGAAUUACAAAAUAAUAAUCCAGAAGCCACUAAUGAGGAAAGAGAAGAAGUAAAUGAAGAUUACAGGCGAGGUGCAGUGCUUAGAGAUAACAUGGCGGCUCAAAUGUGGGCUGACUAUCAAAUGGAAAGAUGA